UUUCCAGGAAGUGUGGGCUGCAACGAUUGUGCGCUCUUAACUAAUCCUGAGUAAGGUGGCCACUUUGACAGUCUUCUCAUGCUGCCUCUGCCACCUUCUCUGCCAGAAGAUACCAUUUCAACUUUAACACAGCAUGAUCGAAACAUACAACCAACCUUCUCCCCGAUCUGCGGCCACUGGACUGCCCAUCAGCAUGAAAAUUUUUAUGUAUUUACUUACUGUUUUUCUUAUCACCCAGAUGAUUGGGUCAGCACUUUUUGCUGUGUAUCUUCAUAGAAGGUUGGACAAGAUAGAAGAUGAAAGGAAUCUUCAUGAAGAUUUUGUAUUCAUGAAAACGAUACAGAGAUGCAACACAGGAGAAAGAUCCUUAUCCUUACUGAACUGUGAGGAGAUUAAAAGCCAGUUUGAAGGCUUUGUGAAGGAUAUAAUGUUAAACAAAGAGGAGACGAAGAAAGAAAACAGCUUUGAAAUGCAAAAAGGUGAUCAGAAUCCUCAAAUUGCGGCACAUGUCAUAAGUGAGGCCAGUAGUAAAACAACAUCUGUGUUACAGUGGGCUGAAAAAGGAUACUACACCAUGAGCAACAACUUGGUAACCCUGGAAAAUGGGAAACAGCUGACCGUUAAAAGACAAGGACUCUAUUAUAUCUAUGCCCAAGUCACCUUCUGUUCCAAUCGGGAAGCUUCGAGUCAAGCUCCAUUUAUAGCCAGCCUCUGCCUAAAGUCCCCCGGUAGAUUCGAGAGAAUCUUACUCAGAGCUGCAAAUACCCACAGUUCCGCCAAACCUUGCGGGCAACAAUCCAUUCACUUGGGAGGAGUAUUUGAAUUGCAACCAGGUGCUUCGGUGUUUGUCAAUGUGACUGAUCCAAGCCAAGUGAGCCAUGGCACUGGCUUCACGUCCUUUGGCUUACUCAAACUCUGAACAGUGUCACCUUGCAGGCUGUGGUGGAGCUGACGCUGGCAGUCUUCAUAAUACAGCACAGCAGUUAAGCCCACCCCCUGUUAACUGCCUAUUUAUAACCCUAGGAUCCUCCUUAUGGAGAACUAUUUAUUAUACACUCCAAGGCAUGUAGAACUGUAAUAAGUGAAUUACAGGUCACAUGAAACCAAAACGGGCCCUGCUCCAUAAGAGCUUAUAUAUCUGAAGCAGCAACCCCACUGAUGCAGACAUCCAGAGAGUCCUAUGAAAAGACAAGGCCAUUAUGCACAGGUUGAAUUCUGAGUAAACAGCAGAUAAUUUGCCAAGUUCAGUUUUGUUUCUUUGCGUGCAGUGUCUUUCCAUGGAUAAUGCAUUUGAUUUAUCAGUGAAGAUGCAGAAGGGAAAUGGGGAGCCUCAGCUCACAUUCAGUUAUGGUUGACUCUGGGUUCCUAUGGCCUUGUUGGAGGGGGCCAGGCUCUAGAACGUCUAACACAGUGGAGAACCGAAAACGCCCCCCCGCCACCCUCUCGGACAGUUAUUCAUUCUCUUUCAAUCUCUCUCUCUCCAUCUCUCUCUUUCAGUCUCUCUCUCUCUCAACCUCUUUCUUCCAAUCUCUCUUUCUCAAUCUCUCUGUUUCCCUCUGUCAGUCUCUUCCCUCCCCCAGUCUCUCUUCUCAAUCCCCCUUUCUCUCUAACACACACACAUAAACACACACACACACACACACACACACACACACACACACACACACACACACACACACACAGGAGUCAGGCCGUUGCUAGUCAGUUCUCUUCUUUCCACCCUGUCCCUAUCUCUACCACUAUAGACGAGGGUGAGGAGUAGGGAGUGCAGCCCUGAGCCUGCCCACUCCUCAUUAUGAAAUGACUGUAUUUAAAGGAAAUCUAUUGUAUCUACCUGCAGUCUCCAUUGUUUCCAGAGUGAACUUGUAAUUAUCUUGUUAUUUAUUUUUUGAAUAAUAAAGACCUCUUAACAUUA